AGUGUAAAAACGAGAGAGCUUAUAUAUAACUAGUCGUUAAAUAUCCCAAUAAAAUGAAGAGAUUUGAAUGUUUUUUUUUUUUCAAUUGCAAGACAUUUUAAAGGGCACUUUGGUCCGAUAAAGCCAUUUUGCUCGAUCAGGCCAUUGAGUUGCACUGAGAGGUUGGCGGUGCCUCCUCCCUCUGCAGGAUCUACGUUACGAUGACGGAGCCAGGUGAUCGACCAUCCGUCAGACCCACAGCGGCUCCGUACGGGAUGCGGAGCGGGCGGGGUCGCUUUUAGCAGUACUGCCUGCUUUUUCUCGCUGUGCAAUGUGAAUUAUGCUGUAGAUCAGACAUCAGUGAACCAUAGUGCCUAUUCGGAAACGCUGAAUACAUGUUAUAAUUAGCAAAAGGCGGACGGAGCGUCGGUCUCCUGCAGUAUGGAUUAGUCCUCUGUCGUCGCGGAGCAUCACAAAAAUCAUCAGUUUUGAAGAUACAUACGGACGGAUUUUUUCCAAUUUUCGGGAGGAUUCAAUGCCUGGAGAAAUAGCGCGGAUAAGGUAUUUGAGAUUUUAUUGACAGGUUGGACGCAGGCUUGUUAUACACACAUAUAAAAUACAUACGAGCGUCUGCGGUUAAUUGGUCCUGUACUCGCCGUAAUCAUGGCAUGGCCCUGUAUCUCCAGGGCUUGCUGCAUGGCCCGCUUCUGGAAUCAGCUGGACAAAGCUGACAUUGCGGUGCCUUUGGUGUUCACUAAAUAUUCGGACGUGGCCGAAAUGCAGCAUCUCCAUGUUCAGCCCCAACAAAAACCCAGUCUCCAGGCGCGAGCGAAUUCAGUCGCCAUAGAAACGCAGCCCGAGCCGGAGUCGGUCGCCAAGCAGCCGACCGCAGCAUCAGCUGCUGCUGCAGCGGAGGAGAGUUCAGGGGCAUCUGUGAUGCGCCAGGAUUUCAAACCCUGGAAAGUGCGUCCCGAGCCAAGCUGCAAGCCCAAGCACGAGUAUCAAGUCUCUGACACCCCCUUUAACAACGAGACACAGUACCAGAAGGAUUUCAAACCAUGGCCUAUUGCGAAGAAAGGGGACCACCCCUGGAUCCCCAAACCGAUCCCCGCAGUCACCGGUCCAGAGGGCCAAGUCACUAACGGUCCCAGGCACCUCCAUGCACCCACAGAGGUCGAAAGUGGAGUGGAGAAAAGUGAAAUUGCAGACAAGGUGACAGAGAAGGAAAUCCUGCAGAGCGAGAGGAAAAAGAAGAGAGUGUCAGAAAAAGUUUCCAUUAAAAAAGUGAGCCUCCAACCAGAGGGACGGACAGGCGAUGCCUUGGCAGAGGACAAAGGGAGGGCGGCUGUGGAUGCAUUGAACAGGCAGAUCAGGCAGGAGGUAGUCACCGGAAGCUCCUACAGGAACGAAUUCAAAGCCUACACAGACGUCAAGCCAGUCAAGGCCAUUCGAGCUAAGUCCCAGUACCAACCGCCUGAUGAGAAGACCAGCCUGGAGACCAGCUAUAGUGCUACCUACAGGGGUGAGCAAGGCCUCUACCAGUCAUCAGACAACAAGGCCAUGGACCGCAGGAGGAUACGUAGUCUGUACAGUGAACCCUACAGGGAGCCCAGUAAGGUGGAGAAGCCUAUCCCUCCACCACGGAAGCCGAAAAAGACAACGGCAGGUGGCGUGAAGCCAGUGAAGAAGGUCAAGGAGAAGCAGGCGGCGUCAGGCGUGCGGGCAACCAAAAAGCGGGCAUCGGAGAAUGAGCCGGAGACCAAACCGGAGGAAGGGGGCAAGGAGAAAAGUAAAGAGAUGAACAACAAACUGGCUGAAGCGAAAGAGUAAAAUCACUGAACUUUUAUUUUUCUUUCUUGGGGAAACGAAGGCUGCAAAAUUGAUUAGAGGGUUCUCAUCGCUUUGUCCAGUGUCUUGGUCCCUUUGUCUCUCUUUCCCCUACCCCCUUCUGUCCCUUUGCCGCAUCUUGGAUUGAUGAGUAUGUAUCGAUAAACGUUACAGCUAAAUGUUCAUGACCACAUAUCCCCGAAGGUGUAAUGAGGGGCUCUAUAUGUCCGCCAUGACACCAGCUCGCUCCUGUACCCAUCACAGCCUCUAUCAUUACACCCAUGGCUUGCGGCCGCUCUUUUAGCCUGCAGACCAUCCUGCCGUGAGAGUCUUGUUGCAUGGAGCUAAAGAGAAACCAAUCUGCUACUGUGCCUCUGCUCAGAUUGGUUUUGUUGUGCUUAUCAAGGUUUGCAGUAAAGCUAAACCAACACUGCAGCCAACUUGGCUCGUUCUAUUAUUGUAUAUCUGUGAUUGGUCAACCAUGUGGUUAACAACAGUGGAAAAACCUUGAUAGCUCAUUAUCCAAGACCACAGUUACCCAAUUCCAGUCCUGGAGGGCCAGAAUCCAACACAGUUUGCAGAUUUCCCUGCUCAAAUACAUCUUAGUCAGCGAAUUACUCGGUUAGUAUGUGUGUUUUAUAAAUCCACAAACUGUGUUGGAUACUGGCCCACCAGGACCGGAAUUGGGGAACCUUGUCUUAGACCAUACUGAACUCAGUUUGGUUGUAUGGCCUGAAUCGCAUCUGCUGAACAGCUUGUACUUGAGGGAGGUGGGGGUCAUCGCUGAAAAGUAUGUGGAGCUGUUUGAGAAGAAUGUCCACCAUUAAAUUGUCAGGUAUAGAUGCGAAGUACUCAAAUGACAUUUAGCCAAACAUCCGUUCCAUAGCUACCCCUGGCAGGACACAUGCUUAAUUAACUUUUCUGAAGGUCGCUCUUGUGGUUAGAUGUAAUUGCGGAUAUCUGGUUUCAUCAAUUUGGUUGCUAGGGAAACAAUGGAGACUCAGUAAUGCGAUUACCUCUGGAUGAUGAUGGCAAAGUCAGCCAGUAGAUGCUGAUGUGAGCAUGACUCGAAAUUCAAGAGUGCUUUGCAGUUAGGAUGGGUAUAAUAAAAUAUGUUGUAAUAUAUGCACAGCUUAAUCCAUUUUUCAUCUCCAAGCUCAAAAUUUUUAGAAAAAUUUCAGUAGGUAGACAAAUUAGAUCUCAGUUAGAUGUUGGUUGAUGGUAGGAAACCAUGUCAUGAGCAGAAGACAUUGGAAGGAGAGAUUGUGUUUGGUUCUUAUCUGAGUGUGACUCGAGUCUCCCCUUUUGAAGGGAGGGUCUCUCAAGGUUGGCUUUCACCAACUAGAUCACGUGAGCGUCCCAUGGGACAUGAUGAGACAGGCAGAUGGAGCACUGUGCCAUGAGAAAUCAGGUUAAUAAGGCUGGAAGCUCUCGAGUUGUACAGAUUUACUUUUGUUAUGCAUAAUUUAUUAUUAUUAUUUUUUGUUCAGACUGUGAAUUGAUUUUCUUAAUGCUUUGUGUUACACUAUACCAAGACCAGUGAAGGUAUUGUAAGGUGGUAAGUUUAUUUUUACCAGUAUGGUAUGAAUCUUUCCUUUGUUUUCUCUGUUUAAUCACUUUUUUUUAUUUUCGCAUGCUUCUGUGUUUUGCUAGCUACUUGUGUCGAAGUGGUCAGAGCCUUCUUAAUCUUUGUUGGAACUGCAUGUGCAAUGAGAUGGCGUUUCAAUUUCACCCCUAUAAGAAGAGAAAGACACGUAAAUUCUGGCUUACUAACGAGAUUCAGUGGCACACAGUUGUACUUUAAUACUUGUUGUACACACAGCUAAUUUGGUGUCCUUCACGAUGCUCUGUAUAAGAUAGUUAUAGCUGUUGAAAUUACAUUAAUUGUAGGGCUUAUGUGUAUAUUUAUGAUGUCCUAUGUAUGGGGAGAAAAUCUGUAACAGAAGAGCAGAUCAAGUGUAGUGAAGUUACAGUAUGGUUAAAGUCCUCUUAAGAUUGCCUACAUUUGUACAGUCGACUCUUACUUUGCUAAAGGCCAUUAGAGGCCGGUCAGUUUAAGAAACAGCUGUUUAAGUAAAAAGCCUUUAUCAUGGACCUGAAACACGAUUGGACAGAACAGCAGAAUUAUCUGUGAAGAGCCUAUUGUGUUCUAGUUGCUUGGAAACCCCGGUUCCACCUCCUUGUCCCUUAAUCCCAUCCGCUUCGGUAGGCAGCCUCUCCAUGCUGAGUUCAGGAGUGUGUGUCUCAUUGUCUGUCAUAUAUCCGAACCCUCCCAGCCAUGCUGUGUGCCCCCUCCCCCCCGACUGGGCAGGGCAUGGACCCCCCCGGGAGGGCGAGGGCCGCCUCAUUAGCAUUUUUGCAGCCUUGAGCUUGCCGCGUAUCACCGGGCUGGCGGGCCCACCGCGCUCCGCAUACCUGAGCGGCUGUCUCCAGACCGUGCUUCCGGCCUGAGGAUGAUCAAACACAAAGGAGGGGGGGUGGGGGGUUGGGAGAAGAAGAAAAAAAAAAAAAAAAACGACAAAAAGUCAUGUAAUCCAGAUACACUUACUGUGACGUGCUUGUGUUAUCUGCUUGCUCGUAUUUAUUGGAAUUAUUAAAUAAAUGCAAACGCAGAACAAAGACUGUCUUUGUUAUUUUUUUAAGGAGGGGUAAUAAAAUAGGCAGGUAACUUCUAUGCUUCAUGCCUGGUGGGGAGUAUAAUCUCCUGGUCUUCUACGCUGGGAAGUCCACAUGGAAGAGAACAUCUAGAAUGGUCUGCUGGCAGAACAUUCUGGCAUACGUCCUUACGCCCUUUGGAAGUGUUCAUAUUGUUUCUCAGUGAGAGCAGGGAAAUAUAUUGUUUGCACUGUGUUAAAUAUAUUUCAUGUUUUUACUGGAGAGCGAUGCAAUAUGAACAUUAAAGGAGGCUUGGGGGUCGAUUCCAGAAUUCAGUGCUUUGUGCUAUAAUAUCAAGAUUAUUAAAAUUAUAUGGGCACUCAUGGAGAGCUACAUCUGCUACAUGCAAAUUUACUGAAUUCACCAUAAUUUAUCACAUGCUGCACAAUGUUGGGGGAAAUCUAAAACGCAGAAUCUAGGUCAAUGCACUGGUCAGGCGACUGUUGAGGUUAACUCAUUUCCAUAACCUGAUGCACUUCCAGGAUUUCACUUUCUAGACAUCUUCUACGUCUGUGAUGCAACUGUUUUGACCUUUGGUUCUUGUCAAUUCUACUGCAUAAAUUGGCAUCUGACUGUUUCACCUAUUUGAUUUGAUUUCUUCAUUUUUUUUGCACAAUGCAGUGAGAAUCGACCUUUCUUUAAUGAGUGACGUUCUGAUUCGUUUGAAGGUUUGUGCUAAAACAGUACCACUACAUACAGCUCUGUCAGCCAAUCCAAGAUAUUGUUUGGGUUCAGACGCUAAGCCAGCAUCUAUGGCGUUGUACCCUAGCCAAAGCAAGAGACCCCAAAGUUGAGGCUUGUGGAUCCAGUCAUCAUCCCCCGAGUGCCUCUGGAGGAGAGCCAGAACAACUGGUGGAGAGAGCCGAGCCACGCCGGGGGGGUGGAGUCGUGCGCUUUGCACCUGACGUGAAAUAGACAUGCUGCGGAACACGCCACGGAACAUGCCGGCGUCCUGCCCCCGGCCGCUAACGGGCGACCGGUUCCACUGCGGGCCUGGAACACGAGAGAAGUGGCUUGUAAAUAUGUCUGCAUACAGAGGCGCUCCUCAAGGGGGGGGGGGGGGGCUGACAGACUGAGAUCUGUGAAAAGGGAUGCGGUCAAAGCCACGUACGCAUGCUUCAGCAGGAUUAGGAAGUGGUCUAAAAUCUCCACUACCAAGAGAAAAGGUGCUAUGUCUCAUUCAUGAUGCGUGUGCCCAUACCAACUACAUAUAUGCAUUAUAUUGUUCAUUUUACAAACGCUAAACCCAUUAAGUGCUUCUUUAGCUAUAUACUGUACAGCGCGACCUGCAAUUGCAAAUAAAUCUAGGCUGAGUAUUGUA